AUGACUCCAGCUCCGACCGAGACAGAUUCAGGGACCAGCCAAUCAGAAUUGUUUGCAAAACAAGAAACCAACCUAUCAGGUGGCGGUACAGACCAAGGAGCUAGCCAAUCACAGAACGCUCUUGAAGUUUCCUUUAGUAUAAUCGCGAGCUGUGCUUUUUUGUUCAACCUUGCCUUCUGCGUAGUGCUCUUGAAGAAACGUGCCAUGCUAAAAAAGCCACAUAAUUCUCUUCUGUUUAACUUGGCCGUGACCGAUUUACUUACAGGUACAGUAUGUAUGCUUUGAUUUAACAGCACUUUUGUCAUACACUGGGAUGGUAGAUUAGUAGUAUAUAUCUUUACAGAACUUAUGCCAAGUACUGCAUGAAUAAGGUCAGUUUCAGCAUUGAGAUUUGAUUGCAAAACGCACCUUUGCUUAGAAAUUUGACGCUUAUUUAUAAUAAGUUAGAAGAGUCAUUUCAUCUAAUCAAAAAUUAGUAGCUCUGUUGUCAAAUCCACCACCUGCAGCAGAAGAAAGGUUGCUGAUCAAAGGCUCUGAAGCACUUACAUCCCCUAAACUAACAAUAAAUCAACAAACUUGACAUCGGCAUUCAGAAAUAUCGUCUAGGGAUGCUAUUAUUAUGCUAUAAGUACUGAUCAAUCAGUGACGGCAGUAGAGCAAACCAAGGGGAGAGUAAAUGAAACUAACUGGCCAUUGGUUACGACAAAGUUACGCGUGAAAAUCAGUUCCUCGAAGCAAUCCACAGUACAGUUCGACCCAUACACUAUCUCUAAAAUAUAAUCAAGGUUGAAUCUGAACGUUUGGACCAAAAUUCGGGAAAGUUUUGCGGUAAUGAGGAAAGUUACUCUAAGUCUAUAUUGCACAUUCAUUUCUACUUAUUACUUGAAAUAAUCAUCUUUAUUUAGACCCCAGUUGUUCAAAAAGUAGAUAACACUUGACUACCCACUGGAUAAAUCCCUAUCCAAUGGAUAGCGCAAUUGGUUUUCUCUUUUCUUAUCCGCUGGAUAGUGAUUUACAUCCGAUGAAUAGCACUAUCCAUCGUUUGAACAACCAGGCCCAGAUAAAUCAAUCACAAGGGACUUUAAGAUUGAACGACGCGACAGCAACGACAACGUCGCUUAAAAAUUGAAUUUGCGUUCUUCCAGUCUUAAUCGCGAUUAUUCCUGCUUUCUUACUUUGCCAAAUGUAAGCGAACCAUCUUAAAUUAAAUUCUAAGGGACCGUAUUCAAGUUCAGAGAGCGAAAUAAAACUUCGCCUUUGCUUGUUUACGUUCUCCAUAAAACACAAAAUUAGGCAUUUUCACGUCGUAAUUGUGCAAAACGGCAAAAAAAUGUUCAAAAAAGUGUGAUGCUCGUGCAAAGCCGUUGUUUUGCUUAUCAAAUUACCUAUUGCUUUUUUAGACGUUCUCGUUGCUGUCGCGUGGAUGAAUCUUAGAGUCCGUACUAUAUAGCCUGGGACCAGGCUCGGCAGUGGGGGAAAAAGACAAAUAACGGGGUCAAAUACGAAAAAUAUCGGCGAGCGAAGCGAGCCCAGCGAUGGCCUGGGGAGGAGGAAAGAGCGCCACCCUUCACCGUUUCACCUCCCCAAACUACCCACAGACUACCUCUCGGCUCGUUUCGCUCGUCGAAUUCUUUUUUUCGCCCAAGCCGAUUUUUUUUCCUUUUUCCCCCAAUGCGGAGCCUGUUCCCAGGCUACUACUAUAACGCAAUUGUUUUCCGAAUACUUAUCCGCCGGAUAGUGAUUUAUAUCUAGUAGUCAUCCCUGUCCAGCGUUUGAACAACCGCUGCCUGAUGUUUUCUUUAAGUGGGCACCAACCCUGAAUUAAUUUCUUUCUUGACAGGAGCCUUUGUGGUUUUAACACCCGGUUACAUCUCAGAUGAACCCUUGUUUCCAAUAGCCGACGGGUUUGGUGGUGAGCUGUUUUGCGCGCUACUGGGUAAUAGGUACCUCCUCUUUCUGGUGGCCAAAGAAUCCAUUUUGCUGGUCACAUGUCUUGCCGUGGAACGCUGGUACUGUGUGAUGAGACCAAUGAAGUACAAAAUACAAUUUGGAAGAAGAAGACUCAUAAUUUACAUAGUGGUUUCUUGGAUCGCUAGCUGUGCUUUGCAAAGUCACAAAUUUCUUAAGCUAAAACUCAGUGGAAAUAAAUGCGUUCCUGUUGAUAUUCCUUAUGGUAGAGAAGGUGCACAAGCAUUCCUUGCAGUCUACAGUUUCAGUACUUUUGUAAUCCCUUGUUUCGUCACGUGGCUUACCUUUGCACAUAUAAGGUUUCGUGCACCUGUUGAGCUGAAUAUUAAAUCAUCGCAGAGUGAGCGCCGGGAAAAACAGCAAAAGAUCGUACUGCGCAUGUGCGCUUUGACAGCUGUUGUGUUCACAUUGUGUUGGCUUCCCGCCCAAUUGAGUUACACUUUAACUCCGUUUGGUAUCACUAGCGUUAGCAGUCCGUUCCACAAAGCGUGCAAUGUUGUUGCGUUCGUUAACUCGUGUAUAAAUCCUCUUAUAUACUGGUAUUAUCAUAGGGAAUACAGAAAAGAAUUCAUCCGGCUUUUCUGUUUCUGCAAACUC